AUGGAAACCCUGCCGCUGUUCCCUCAGGUCCUACCUCGACUACCGNGCCUUCGAUGUCCUUUCAAACUAGCCACAUUUAAUGUGCGCACUCUGAUGCGAAUAGGACAACAAGCCGGUUUAGUUUGUACGCUCGAGACCCUAGCCAUCGAUGUGUGUUGUAUCCAAGAAACUCGCAUUCAAGACUCCAGCUCCAUUAUCCGAUUAAAGUCCCCAUCAGUGAACUUUCACUUACGCCUCUCUGGGGACCCUGAGGCUGCGGCUUCCGGCCUCCCUGGCGUCGGCGUGGCUCUCAGUGAGAGAGCUGAAGCCGCGCUUCUGGACUGGAUCCCAGUCGACAAUGGUGUGAAGUCCGUCGAGACGGAUGUUGCUAGUCAAACAGUCACGGUACAAUCUGAUCUUCCACGAGAAGAAAUUUUGAGAACCUUGGAGAAAACGCAGAAAAAAAUCACUGUGAUUUCCUAA